ACCAGAUCACAGAGAUGCAGAAAGGCAACACCGUUAAGCAGUGGAGGUGCCUUGUGCUGUGGGCAACGUCGCGCUCGCCACCUAAAGGCGCGAGUUCGACAGUUAGGCGGUCGACUCACCGCAGUCUCAUCACCGCCCGCCCCAAAAAGUAUUUUCUGGUACUCGUCGCCGUCCUGCCCAUCGAAGCUCGCAGCCCGAGUUCAAUUCCCAGCUUCAGAGUGUGGCGUCUUCUCACUGGUUUCAGAGAGAAAGAUAGAGAAUGCCGCUUGCGCGAUUGGAAUUGAGAAACGAGUAUGGGCUCGGAGGUCCGGAGCUCUACCGAAACGCUGCCUCCGGGAAGGAGGACGCGGAAGCUAUCCUCCAUGGAGUUGCAGUCGCCGGGCUGGUUGGUAUUUUGCGGCAGCUCGGUGAUGUCGCCGAGUUUGGUGCGGAAAUCUUUCAUAACUUGCAUGAGCAAGUAAUGAGCACAUCUGCAAGAGGACAAAAAAUGCUUUCCAGGAUUAAAGAGAUAGAAGAUGCACUUCCAUCUAUUGAAGAUUCUGUUCAUAGAAAAGAAAGUUACAUAGACCUAGCUUAUGAAACUGGUUCUGGUUGGCAUGCUGAUCUCAGUAUUAUGGAUACUCAUCUAUCUUGGGAUGAUUUGCCACAAUUUAUAAUGGAUUCGUAUGAAGAUUGUCGAGAUCCACCAUGCUUAUACCUGCUUGACAAAUAUGAUCGUGCUGGAAAUGGAGCUUGUUUAAAAAGAUACUCAGAUCCAUCAUAUUUCAAGAAGGCAUGGGCAAACUCAGAACCAGAGAAAGCUCAGCAAAUUCAAAAUGAAAAAAAACAUCAGAUUUUCAAGAGAAAAUAUUCACGACUUAGAGAAGAAAUUCAAGACCCAGAACCUACUUCACAAUGUAACAGAUUAGAGAGCAGUGCAAGGUUCGCACCUCUAAGUAAUGAUGACAAUUGCUUUUCAGCUGAAAAUUCUUCACAACCUUUGAAUACUAUGAACAAGUUGAACUGUACUGGGCAAGUUUCUGAGACAAACCAUUCAGUUAUGCAUAAUGCUCCAGAGUAUGACAGAUUCUCAGUUUCUAAUACACAGAACAAUCAUGAUCAUACUGGUGCUUCUCUGCUACAUAAUGAUGAACUUGUAUUUGAUGUGGAUAAUGAUUCUCAAGAUGAUUUCCUGCAUUGGAAGAUUACUUCAUGGUCGCCUUCUGUUACAUGGGAUGAAAAAUCCGAAUUAGUGAAGACUGUAGGUCUCAAAUUUUCUGAUGGCACUCAAGAUUCAAAGCCUUUCUUUGUGAACUCUGAAUCAUCAAGUGUUGAGGAGCCUACUAGAACUGGAUCUUUAAACCGAGCAAAACCCUCGUCAAUUAUUGCAGAUUUACCCAGAUUACCUUGUGAUAAAAACGAAUUUGAGGAAGUUAAUGAGACAGAUAAUUAUGUGGACGCUCUUAAUACGCUGGAAUCAGAAGUGGAAACAGAUUCCGAGUGCCCAACAAAAUGCAUGCAAUCUUUGUCUGAUAUGGAGCAUCAGAAAAAUGAAUCUGGAGUUGCAAGCAUGGCUCAAUAUCAUAGCCACUCUAAGAAUGAGGUUCCUAUGUCAGUUCAUGAUUCCUCAAACAAGUACAGGGUGCCAAGUGAUACCAAUUUUGAUGCUUCAAGAAUGCUAGAAGUUAUGCAGUCAACCCUGGAAACUGACUUAUCUCCAGGCGCGGCCUAUGAUGGGGGCCAAAUUUUUGAAAGUAGCGUUCCCACAAUGUCAAUAACAAAUACCUUACAUGGAACUGAUGAUGAUCAACAUCCAUGGUCUAUCAAUGCCAAAUCAGAAUCUGUUCUGAACCGUGAAACUAUAGCAGCAACAUCCCCGAUCCAGACUUCACCUCCGGUCAGUAUUUCAAAUAUUCCUUCCUCGAAAUUAUGGACAAAUGGCAACCUUCUAGGACUCGAACCAUCAAAACCUGUAGAUCUUAAUCUCCCAAAUGGAACAGGGGCGAUGUCUCAAUCUAAUAAUUUGAACAGCAGUGUGAAGUCAGAAAAACAAAAUAUGGCCAUUGGACAGAUAUCAAAGCAGUUGAAGUCAGAUGGCAAUGUGCAAGGAUCAACUGAAUCUUUAAACUUCACGGAUGAGGCAAUUUUGAACAGCAAUCCAGCCUUGAGUAGGAAAUAUCUAGUUGAUGAAAAUAGUUCCCUGGAAGCUUACUCAACAUGCAUUGGUCAUAAUAAUGAUGGCUCUGGUAUUCAGCAGAAUCCUCAAGAACAAUUUGUAUCCCUUUCAUUUAGUGAGCAUGAAGGAAGUCAAGUUGCGUCCCCAAAUGUAUUAACCACUAUGAUUAGUCAAGUACAUCAAACAACAAAACGUCCUUCUAGCAAGGUAUCUGAACCAUGCGGCCCAUUUAGUGCUGCUUCACUAUCCACGGAUUCUGUGCAGAAUAGGAAGUGUUUGUCUCCCAGUUUCUCUGGAUUAACUCAAAGAAAUCUUGUACAGUGUCUUCAUAUAAAACCAUCACUUAGUAAUGCUAAAAGUUCCGCCCAACAAGAGCCUGUCAAUAUUGAUUCUAAUCAAUCAGAGGAGAAACCUCUCGUUGAUAAUCAGAGAAAAAGGUUUAAUGAAGUUGCAUCACAGACACUCCACGAGCAGAGUCUCAUAAAUAAGACUGAUUAUGGAUCAUUGGAAUACCCACUUUCUUCCACUUCUCACUACUCUCAGAAUUCUUCCCCACCAUUGGAGCAUAUGAAGAUAUCAUUCCAUCCCAUGAAUAGUAUAGCAGCAUCUAAUCUGAAAGUGGAACUACCUGACGGUUAUAUAAAUCAAAGAAUUGAUGCAAAUAUGCCUCCUCCAUUACAUUUAUUUUCAGGAUGCAAUCUUCCUUCACAAGAUAGUGCCUCUGAAUCUGAUGACACUUUCUGUAAGUCUAAUCCAUAUUCAACUGAAGAUCUUCUCAGCGCCUGCUCGGAUUCUAAUUCUGAGCUUUGGGAGCAAGAUGAAUAUUCUGAAAUUCAAACAAAUGAGCUCUCUGAUGAUUUUAGAAGGAUUUCAUCAUCAACAGAAACUAAUUCAAGCCAAAUGAACCAUCAGGAUAUUUGUUGUGGGAAUGAUACAGAUUCUUUUCUUCCUCAUUAUACUUCAAAUAUUCCCACUUUUGAAUCAUUAAUGAAUCAAGAUGUAAGAUAUGAAUCUUUUUCAGUUAGUCCCACAAACGCUACAACGUUAAUGCCUACUGAACUGCCACCACCACCCCCUCUUCCUCCAAUACAAUGGAGAUUGACAAGGCCUUCAUAUGAAAUAUCAGGAGAUAACUACUCUGAUCUUACCCAAAUGGUUAACCAUUUUGAGUACUCUCAGAAUCAAAAUCUGCCUGCACCCAUGGAAAUUGAAAACAGUAUUCAAUUGACAAUGCACCUUAGAGUAGAUGGACAGCACAAGCAACUGCAAGAUAAUCAGAAGACAUGCGAACUAGAUGGAAGAAAACAAUGGCUUCGUCAAAUCAGGGACCCAGAAAUUCCGCACAACCUGGAACCAUGUAAAGAAUCAAAGAGUCAAAUUGCUAGUGGUGAAGGAGUUUAUGAAACAGGAGAUCUGCUGCAUCAAAUAAGAACCAAGACAUUUAAUCUGAGACGCGCUGCAACAUCAAGGCCAAGUUUUGUGACCCAGCCCACCAGUAAUGACAGGGUUACCGCAAUAUUGGAGAAGGCUAAUGCCAUACGCCAGGUUCUUCAUAUUCAUAUGCAUGCGCAAGCAGUGAUGAGGACGACAACGAUGUCGAUUGGAGUGACAACUGAUCUUCGACAUUUCCAAGGCUGCCGACUUCUUUUUACUUCUAUUCAAAGAUUUCGACACGAGGAAUGAAAAAAAAAAAGUCAUCAGAUAUGUAAAGAAAUUUGUCAUCUAUUGAUCAUGCACAAAUCUAUGUAUUACACACGUCAAUGCAUAUUUUAUGAUUUCUCUUAAUUCUGAUCAAAAUUUCAAUGGAAUUUCUUAUAGAAAUUGUCUGCAGCCGUAUGUACCUAUGCAUGGGAAUUCCAUGAAGUAUGUCAAUAGAAUAACUUCUUUGUA